CGACCUCCCAUUUCUCACAAAACCGGCAGAGGCAUCCUCGGCUACGGCAGCAUCGGCCGACAAACCGCCCGCGUCGCCACGGCCCUCGGCUUCAACGUGCACGCCUACACCCUGCACCCGCGCCCGACGCCGGAAUCCAAGCGCGACGACUCGUACACGCCCCCCGGCCUCGGCGACCCGGAGGGCAAGUUCCCCUCCAAAUGGUUCUCGGGCGCCUCCAAGGCCGACCUGCACGCCUUUCUCGGCUCCGGGCUCGAUCUGCUCGUCGUCGCGACGCCGUUGACGGAUAAGACGAGUCAUCUGCUCGCGGCCGAGGAGUUUGCGAUCCUGGCCGAGAAGAAGACGUUUAUUUCGAAUAUCGCACGGGGCCCGAUUAUUAAUACGGAUGAUUUGAUUACGGCGCUGGACGAGGGGACGAUUCGCGGGGCGGCGCUGGAUGUUACGGACCCGGAGCCCUUGCCUGAUGGGCACCCGCUUUGGAAGGCCAAGAAUUUGCUGAUUACGCCGCAUAUCAGUGGGUUGUCGACGAGUUAUGGGGAUAGGGUGCUGGGUAUUUUGGGGUUGAAUUUGAAGAGGCUGAGUGAGGGCAAGAAACUGACCAAUCUCGUCAAUAAGAGGGAGGGUUACUAG